AAUCAACAAUGUCAGUUUAACUACAUGGAACAAGCAGCACAGAAUUGCAAAACUACAUGUGUUGCCAAGUUCACCCAGGGACCAAUGGAUUCUUGGCAGUUUUGAUGCAUCCGAGGACCAAACCUUACCUGUGGUGUGCUGGUGUUAAUCUUGCCAGCAAAUUGUCAUUCUCUAUGCAUCACACUGUGUGCCUUGUCUCUCACAAGGGACAGGAGAACAGGACAUCAUCUCCUUGGUUCCUCCACCUGUCCAAGGAAAGGAAAUCAAGAGUUCUAUAAAUUGCAGUGCACCCUCACUCAUCAUCUCCACAGCCACAAGCACCAGCAACAAUACCUUCAAAAGCCAGGAUUAUUUGUGAUCUAAUGGCGUCCAUGAACCUGUACUCCUUGGCGCUGGUGGUGGUUGCCCUGGUGUCGGCGCCGAUGGCCGCCGUGGCUGGUGACCCGGACAUCCUCACCGACUUCAUCCCGCCAACAUCGAUGAUCGGCAUGCCCAUGAACAUCACCGGCGACUACUUCACCUACACCGCUUUCGGUCCCGUGCCAUUGCCGCUGCCGACCUUCUCGCUGACCAAGGCCUCCAUGGCGGAGUUCCCCGCGCUCAACGGGCAGAGUGUGUCGUACGCCAGGCUCGUGUUCCCGCCGGGCACCGUGAACCCGACCCACACCCACCCGCGCGCCUCCGAGCUGCUGCUCGUCCUCGACGGUGCCCUCUCCGUCGGCUUCGUCGACACCGCCGGCAAGCUCUACACCAAGGACCUCGUCACCGGCGACAUGUUCAUCUUCCCCAAGGGCCUCGUGCACUACCAGUACAACCAGGGGACAACGAUCGCCGUGGCGCUCUCGGCAUUCGGCAGCGCCAACGCCGGCACCGUGUCCGUUCCUGUCACCGUGUUCGGCACCGGUGUUGAUGACGCCGUGCUCGCCAAGUCGUUCAAGACCGACGUGCCCACCAUCCAGAAGCUCAAGGCGGCGCUCACCCCACCCAAGAAAUAAGCCCGUCCGUGUCUCGUGCCGUAUGUUUGGUGUUGUUCUUGGCACUUUGUCCGCCGUGUUGUGUUUGUGAAUUUGUUUUGCUUGUUGAAAUAACCUACCUACCGAGCUAUGCAGGCAACCAAGUACUGCAUGCACAUGGUACGAGGAAUUUGGUGGUGAAAUGAUGUUGAGAUAUGUGUGUUUGCGAUGUCGUCUUGAUUUGAAUCAAACGGUUUGCGUGUUGAUCUUUGGAACUCAUGAUAUUGACUCUUUGAGUUGUAUAUGUUUGCGAUUUGUAUUGGGUUCUGU